AUGGCGCCAGGGGCGGAGCUCGCCGAGGCCGGGCACGCCGGCGCCAAGGGCGGAGCUCUGCUCCCAUGGGCGCAAACUCUCAACAUCUUCCCUUCUCAGCCAAUGCACGUCGUCGAGCCCGUACCAAAGGGAUCCAUGGGGACUAACAACACGGCGUCGAACGCCGCCGGCGCUGGCCCGUCCAAGCAGCAGCAGCCGCCAUCUUACCAUCCGUCGAGGACGACGACGACUCUGGCGGCAGGGCCGCCACCGCCAAAUAAGGACAGAGGCAAGCCGGCAGCCGGCGGCAAGAGAGAAGGAAGCAGCGGUGGCGCCAUGGGAAGCGGGACGCCGUCGACGUCGAAUAAUCCACAGGAGGGGCCCAGAGCUUCGGACGCCAAGACGCUGAGAAGGCUCGCGCAGAACAGGGAGGCCGCAAGGAAAAGCAGGCUUAGAAAGAAGGCUUACAUUCAGAACCUAGAGACAAGCAGGAUUAGGCUGGCCCAGCUGGAGCAAGACUUACACAGAUCCAGAGCUCAGGGAGCAGUGUUUGGUGGUGGAGGAGCUCUUUCUGGUUGCAGUGGCGGACUAAGCCCAGAGGCGGCAUGGUUUGACUUGGAGCACGCGAGGUGGCAGGAGGAGCACGGCAAGAUGAUGCGCCACCUGCGGGCGGCGCUGGAGGCGGAGCACGCGGCGGCGACGUCGACGCCGGCGCCGGCGGACUCGCAGCUCCUCCGGCAGCUGGUGGACGCGGCCGUGGCGCACCACGGCGUGCUGGCCGAGCUGAAGGCCGUGGCGGCGAGGGCCGACUCGUUCCACCUUGUGUCCGGGGCGUGGGUGUCCGCCGCCGAGCGCUGCUUCCUCUGGAUGGGCGGCUUCCGCCCUUCAGAGCUCAUCAAGAUAGCGGCCCGGCACGCGGAGCCCCUGACGGAGCAGCAGGCGAUGGGCGUCUGCGGCGUGCAGCAGUGGGCGAGGGACGCGGAGGCGGCGCUGGACCACGAGCUCCAGGCGAUGCACCGCUCCGUCUCGGAGGCCGUCUCCUCCGACGCGGCGGCGCUGCUCUUCCCCUACUCCGACGUGCCCGACUUCAUGGCCACCAUGUCCCUCGCCAUCAGCAAGCUCGCCUCCCUCGAAGCCUUCGUCAGACAAGCGGACGCGCUUAGGCUGCAGGCGCUGCACCGGCUGCCACAGAUCCUGACGGCGCGGCAGUCUGCACGGUGCUUCCUCGCCAUCGCCGACUACUCCCACCGCUUCCGCGCCCUCAGCGAACUCUGGCACAACCGGCCAGGCCAAGUUUCAGCGGCGAGCAACCCGGCGGCCGGCCCCAGCCAGAGACCGCCCUACCAAAGUAGAGACGGUUUACUAUAG